GUCACAGAUUAUUGUGGGGUUGCUAUAUUUUUCUUGUUUUGUUUAUAAUUCUCAUACAUAUUUUGCAAUUCACAUUCACGACAAACAAACUAAGAAAAAAAUCAUUAUUACAUUUUGCAAAAAAAAAAUAUAUAACAACUAAACAAAUUAAUAUAGUUUUCUUAUGCACAACAUUAUGUAAAACAAGUGUGAAAUCAAGUAAUAAAAAAAGUUUUUCCAAAAAUUUAGCUUUUAAAAACUUUGAAACGCAAAAAACAAACAGGAUUAACUUCUAGGGAGGGGAUGGCAAAAACCAGACUAUCAACUUAAAAACGCAGCAGCAGCACACCUACAUAUCAACAUAAUUAUUCUGUCAUACCCAAAGGAAUGCCGAAACAAUAAAUAAAAAAAGAACAACUAAAAGAAGGCAUUAAAAUGACCAACAUUUUUACAUUAUGGAGUUUACAGGUUUUAUAUAUCAUACUAGCAACUCCCACCUGGCUUUGUCAGGGUGCUCAUAUCUUGGCUGUAAUGCCUAGUGUUUGGAAAUCCCAUUAUCUAUUUGGUCAUUAUAUACUAACGCAAUUAGUGGAGCAGCAUAAUCAUACAGUGACCUUAAUAAGUCCCUAUGAAAUGGAUAACUUGACAAGGGGUAAUAUGACCAAAGAAAAAUUUCGUGAAAUAAAAGUAGAGGGUUUGCUAAACAAUUGGCUGGAAAUGGGUUUGUCGUUUGAUUUGCAAGAAAUGCAUGAUAAAUCUGUUAUGGAACAUUUUACACGCCUAAUGUAUGCCACCACCAGUAAUACCGAUAAUUUAUUGCAGAAUUCACAAGUAAAGGAAAUGCUGCAGUCGCCACAAAAGUUUGAUUUACUUAUAGUAGACUUAUUUUUAAGUGAUGCCUUAUUGGGUUUGUCUUUCUACUAUCAAAUACCCACUGUGGUAUUAAGUCCCAGUGGCUCGAAUACCUGGUUAAAUCAACGUUUUGGCAAUCCUCAAAAUGCUGCCUUGGAUCCUAGUAAUUUUUUGCCUUACGCCAAACACAUGUCCUUUUGGCAGCGUUGUGUCAAUACUAUGAUGGCCAUGUUUGAAAAAUUAACCUAUUCCUUUUUCCAUAUGAUCUCACAACAGGCUGUUUAUACGAAACAUUUUGAACCACUAUGUCAACUUGCCAACUGGUGCAAAGAACUACCCCACCAUAAAGAACUGACUGAAAAUCUAUCAUUGGCCUUAAUAAAUACACAUCCAGUACUGCAAUAUCCAAGGGCAUUUCUACCCAAUAUGUUGAGUAUUGCGGGUAUACAUUUGAAAACCACUGAAGAGCAAUUAGAAUUGCCAAAUCAUAUUAGGGAAUUUAUAGAAGGAGCUAAUCAGGGAGUGAUUUACCUGAGCUUUGGUGCCAAUAUUUAUGAUUUUCCCUUGGAAAAACUACAACUAUUUUUUGAUGUUUUUGAAACACUGCCGGAUAUGCGUUUUAUAAUCAAAUACGAUGAACAAGACUCAUUGCCUUUAACAUUGAAUAUUAGCAAACAAAUAAUGUUACACAAUUGGUGGUCCCAACAGGCAAUAUUGGCCCACAAAAACGUUAAAAUCUUCAUCACCUCCGGUGGUUUUAUGAGCAUUACCGAAGCCUUGUUUUACGAGAAAUAUAUACUGGCUAUACCCAUUACUCCGGAACAAUGUGUCUUAACAGAAAAACUUUCUCAACAAAAUGCCGCCUACAAACUUAAUUACAACGAUUUGGCCUAUGAUCAAUUAAUGUAUGCCAUACAACAACUAUUACAAGACAAAUCCCAAUAUCAACCAUCUAUUUUGGAAUUAAAACAACAGUUACUGCAAAAUCUAGACCACAUGAGUCCCUUAACAAGAACUCUUAAUGCCAUAGAGAUGACUUUGACUACAAAUGGUUUAGAUUAUCUUAAGCCUCACUCUCACCAUUUAAAUUUCUGGAAUUCUAUACUAAUCGAUGUUAUGUUUACCUUGAUUUUGGGUCUAUUAGCCAUCUUAGCCAUUCCCUUUCUACUGACCAGUUGUAUAUUAAAACGUUCUUAUCAAAAUCAAACUAAACUUAAUUUACUCAAUCAACAACAAAAUAAUCAUCGUUAUUAUUGCAAAGUUAACGAGUUCCUAACAACAUCUAACACAACACCUCGAAAUUGCAGUAAUAACAAACAGCAGCGUGUGGAAAAUACAGAAGACAAUGUGGAUGUCCUAAUGAGACCUAUGGGCAAACGUAGAAAUUCCGAUGUAAAUGAAAAACGUAAACGUCUAUCAUCGAAUAGUUCCUCUUCCUGUUGCAAUUGUUCGGUUUCCUCCUCAUCAGCACCCACUACUCCUUUGGCUAAAAGGGAAUCAUCGUUUUUCGAUCAGGUUUCCGGGGACAACGUUAAAGACAUAUGAGAAAACUUAUUUUCUCUUACAUUUUUAUUAGUUUUAAUAUAAUCGAUAAUAUUGUUUUAUGUGUAUGUAUGUGUUUUUUAUGAAAUACUUUUUGCAAUAAUUGUUAUUUUACAUUGUACUCUCUUGUGUGUGUGUAUUUGCUUUAAGUACAUGGUAUAAUUAAUGUUUAAAAAUAUAUAAACAAAACUAUAAAAUAAACACUCAAAACAUCACUCUAUCUUUAUGUGUUAAUAUAUGAAUUUAUCAAUAAAUUCUUGGAAUGAAAAG